AUGAAUAAAUACACAUUAAGGUUUAAAUCGUAAAAAAUAGAGGAUGAAUAUCAAUAAUCAAGAGUUCAUACUAUCAGUAUACCUGUGUUUAAAUUUGGCUCAGCAUGCCUAUUCAUAAUUGCUACUUUCAAACUCAUAUUAUUGGCCCUAGACAAUAAUAUAGAAUUGAUGCCUAUAUUGAUUGUUUGCCAAAUAUAUUCGAUAUUGUCGUUUAUUUUGUUGGUUUUUAAUAUGCAUAAAAUUAACAUAUAACUCAUUUUGCUGGCUUACUUAUUUAUAGCCUAUGAGUUAAUUAUAAAGACUGACACGAACCCAUAAGCAUUAUCCCUAUACUAAAGUAAUUUUACGAUUUGCGGAGUAAUUAUAAUACUCAUUUCAGAAUUUAGAGAAUCUUUACUUAUUAUAGUGUCAACAUUUUUUUUUAGAAUAAUCUAUGUAAUGAUGAUGGAAACACAGAAAUCCUAUGCAAUUUAUAGCACAACCCUCAUAUUGAUGUGUUUUAUGUGUUUUUUAUCUUAUAAAUUUAACAUUCUGAAUAGAACUAGUUUUCUGUUGAGCUAAUAUGAUUACAUGUGGGGUAUAAUAUAUGAUAUUUCUAGAGAGCAUUUUUCCGAAAAUUGUGGAUAAUCCGUACUUAAUAUUUACAUUCAACGAAGAUAAGCUAGAAUUUGUAUUAAAAUCUCAAAAUAGGAUUUCCUUUGAGUGCAAUACCACUUAGCAAUUAAAGGAGUUUUUGCGAGACUGGCAUUUAAAUCAAGAUUCACUAGAAAAUACUCUAUAUCAAUUGUACUUAAAUGAGGAUAUAAACGAAUUUCAUUCGAAAAAAAUUGAAAUAAUUAAAGACAAAAAGGCUAAAUAAUAUAUUCAUUAUUCCAUGAUGAAAUCUUUAUCAUCAACCUUCAUUAUAAAAUUUGAUGAUUCGGUAAUAAAAGUUGAUGAUUGCAAAAUUAUAUUGCAGAAAACAUUUAAAAAAUAGGAACAUCUGAGGAUGAAAUUGAUAAAGAGCAUUUAUAAAAAUUUACAUGUCUCUUUGAAUCUAAGACAAUUAAAUAAUUUAUGGUCAAUUAGAAAUAGUUGCAUGAAAUAAAUUAUGAAUUCUAAAAUUCUUAAAUAGCAAUGGAAAACAUAAUCAUUUGAUAUCAACAAUUUCUUAUAUUUAAAUGAUUAUUUUGUUUACAAAUUUAACAAAUUAACAUUUUAUAAUCCAUAAAAUGAGGAUAUUAUGACUAUAGUCAUAUAAUUGAAAAGACUCCUCUUUGAAAUACUUGAGGUAACUUUUCAAUAGGGUCAAGUUUAUGUAGAAGUUUGGGAAAGAACUACAAUAAUUCAAUAUGAAGGCAAAGAAAUACUGUAUCAAAAGGAUCCAGCCUUACAAUUAGUCUGGAGUACCUUGGUGGAAAAAGUGGAGAUGCAGAAUAAUAUAUGGGUAUUGUAACUGUAUAGAGAACCCUGUGUCAAUUUUACAAAUAAAUGA